AACCAAUGUUAUUUUCUCGCGCCGUAAGUCCAGCCGUUGUUGCUAAAUCGUGUCCUUCCUGUUUGUUCAUGGUCAUUGCAUAGCCCACAUUGGCACGAUCCUCGACACUGAGGAAAUACAGAAUGAAAAUCCAAGUGUCAUUGAUGGUGUUGUUUUUCUUUUCACCGUUGUUUGAAAGAUUGCGCAGUCGAAUGGCGUCAUUGUCUUGUUGUUGUUGCCACCCGGUUAAAUCUUCGCUAAUGGGCACGGCACCGUCAGACUUGGUCAUGUCUUACCAUUCACAGAAACUGUCAGUCACUCCAAUUUAUUACCAUCGUGUUGUUAUAUCCGAAGCGAGUCCGGCAGUGGGCGACAUGUAUACGCUGGAAGACAACAACAGGCCAUAUGAACAAGAUAAUGGGUGGGAGGGGAGGCAUCUAGCGCGCCGAUAUAUAUGAUAGCAACUCGAAAAAGGUCCUAAAUAACAAAGUUAGUGGCAAUGUCUGAAGAAGGAGGUUGUUCUAGGUAUCUUUAAACGUGAUCUUCUGGAAAACGACAUAUCUCGAUGACCUUAUCACUAUCAUCACUGAGUCGUUAGAAACAAUAAACAACGGAUCCUGCA